AUGACAAACACAAGACAAUCAGAUCCAGCUUCCUUACACAACCCUUACUUUAACCUCAAGCCUGGGCAAAAGGAUAUCUGGUCCUUGAUUAACGAGACAGCAGCUGAAGCGCAGGAGGCAAACCCUGACACCAAAAUAGUCAACUUGGGACAAGGAUUUUUUUCAUACAGUCCUCCAGAAUUUGCCAUUCAAGCGGUCGAUGAUGCAUUAACCAAGCCACAAUUUAACCAAUAUGCGCCUGCGAGGGGUAACCCUAAUUUAUUGAAACAGGUAGCUUCCCACUAUUCCAAAAGUUACGGGCGCAAUGUGCCUAUUGAAGAGGUGCAAAUAACCACUGGGGCCAAUGAAGGUAUGUUUGCUGUGUUUUUCGGUUUCUUAACUCCAGAUGACGAAGCAGUUGUGUUUGAGCCAUUUUUUGAUCAAUAUAUCCCUAACAUUGAAAUGACCGGUGCCAAGGUCAGAUAUGUUGAGAUAAAAUACCCUAAAAAGUUAGAUACUGAAACAGUGAAGGCAUCUGAUUGGGAAAUUGAUUGGGACCAAUUGGAAAAAAGUAUCAAUGACAAAACCAAAUUAAUUGUUAUCAAUACACCCCAUAACCCAAUUGGUAAAGUUUUCACCAAGGAAGAAUUACAUAGAAUUGGCGAGUUGGUAAUCAAGCACAACUUGAUUUUGGUUAGUGAUGAAGUUUAUGAAAAUUUGUACUUUACCCCGGAUUUCCCAAGACCAGCAAAUUUGGAAUCAUUACCUGAGUUGAGAGAGCGUACUUUGACAGUUGGGUCUGCUGGUAAAUCAUUUGCAGCUACAGGGUGGAGAGUGGGAUAUAUUCAAGGUCCAGCUCCAUUGAUCAAGUAUGUUGCUGCUGCCCAUACAAGAAUCUGUUUCUCAACACCACAUCCUUUGCAACAAGCAGUAGCACAAGCAUUUGAACAAGUGGAUAAACUCAACUACUUUAGUAAAGUUAAAAGUGACUAUGUGAAGAAAUACGAGUUGUUUACUAAGGUGUUUGAUGAUUUAGGAUUGCCAUACACUGUAUCAGAAGGUGGGUACUUUCUCUUGGUUAAUUUGUCCAAGUUGAAGAUACCCGAGGAUUAUGAUUUCCCAGAAGCGAUAUCCAGCAGAGGAACAUUGGAUUUCAAGUUAGCUUAUUGGUUGAUCAAGGAGAUUGGUGUUGUAGGAAUUCCACCAACCGAAUUUUUAACUGAAGGAAGAAGACAAGGUAAUGGUUUGGAGAACUGCGUUCGAUUUGCCGUUUGUAAAGAUGAUGAAGUGUUGGAGGAAGCCGUAGAGAAAUUGAAAAAAUUAAAAGACUAUUUAUAG